AUGUCUACCCUCGACUCCACCAUUCGUCCCACAGCCUACGGCUCCGACACUGAGAGUGACGGACAAGCUUCUGGUGGCCGUAAAGUCUCUUCGAAGGUUGGGCCCGUACCAUCCUCAGCCACACUCAACCGACCGGCCGGAAACAUCAUCAAGGGCCCAGUGGAUGACAAUGGCAAGCCAAAGGACGCUGCAUUGCUACUCGGUAUCAAGUUGGAUUUGGAGGCAGAGAUUCACCUGACGGCAAGGAUUCGUGGAGAUAUUACGAUUGGAUUGUAUUGA